AUGCAUGUGAAUGUGAAUAUAUUCGUGAGCAAUCUUCACUUUUACAAUGUUCCAUUGUUGGCCAGCAACCGUGCUGCUGCAUUUCAACAGUUGGUUAAGCUUAACAAAGCUCUUGCUGAUGCUGAAAUAACAAUUUCACUGAAAUCUCAGUGGGAAAAGGGAUAUUUCAGGAAAGGAUGCAUAUUAGAGGCCAUGGAACAAUACGAUGAUGCAUUAGCUGCCUUCCAAACAACUUUGCAAUACAAUCCACAAAGUUCUGAAGUAUCAAGAAAGAUCAAGAGGGUUUCCCAGUUGGCGAGAGACAAAAAGAGAGCUCAAGAAGUGGAGAACAAGAGAUUGAAGGUUGAUGUGGGAAAGAACUUGGAUACAUUGAAAUCAGAAAUGUCUGAAAAGUACGGAUCUGAAGAAUGCUGGAAAGACAUUUUUUCUUUUCUUGUUGAGACAAUGGAGACAGCUGUAAAAUCAUGGCAUGAAAGUUCGAAAGUGGAUCCAAGAGUCCACUUCCUUCUUGAUAGGGAAAAGACCCAGACUGAUAAAUACGCCCCAAAUGUGAAUAUUGAUAAGUUGCCUAGGGGAAACAAAGGAAAACAAAAAAAAGAGAAGGCAUAUUCAAGCUAGAAGUUGAAAGUGCAGUUGACAACCGGUAUCAAAACACUUCUUUACAUGUCUGGAAAGGUCAAGGAUCAAGAAAGUGGAAACAUGGGCAACAUGAUGGUUUCUUUGUUCAAUUUGAGUCACCAUCGCUGCGAAAGCUAUGGUUUAUUCCUAGCUCCAAUGAAAUGGGACAAACAUUGUGCAGGGAUCCAGAGGUUCUCGACAUCAGUGCCCAUGAAGUGCUUCCACGCCUGUUCAAGGAAACGCUUUCCAAUUCUUAGUAGUCUUUGUUAUCUUGGCUGGAGUUUCCAUUAUAGAAAUUUGGGUCAUCUGCCAAAGUUGGAGGGCUAUGAGUUUAAAAGAAAUACACAACUUUGAGGUGGUAAAUGCUUGCCAGCGCUCGCUUUUCUUUGUCAUACCAUGUGUGUAUUCCAGUUUUAAACCCUCUCUGAAAAUUCUGCAAGAUUUUUUGAGUGCUUUGGUUUUGCAGAUACUUUUUGUUAUAUGAAUGCUUUUCCUAUACUUUGGUGACAAGGAGGGCUUUGGCUCUUGAACUAAGUGGGUCAUUUCUGAUGCUGAUACCAUAUUACUAACA